UCACUCUCACUCUCACCGACUGUCACCUCAUUCACCUACAGCAUAAGCCUCACUCACCAAUUGACGACAAGUCACUCACGCAUCACGACCUGGCCAUGUCAAACACCACCCAACUAACCGCCAUCCCCAAAACGCCCUGAUGGCUCGCUACCAAGGCCUCGACUCGUCCGACCUGUUCCGCUUCGACACUCUCGCCUUGCGCGAUGACAUCCUCGUCUCCGACGACAAAGCCGUCUCCAAGGUCGAGUACGACGAGUAUGUCGUGUUUAAAAAGGACAAUGGCAUACCCUCGGGCGCCAAGACGGGACUGGAGGACGAUCAGGAUAUUAGUUUCCAGCUGCAGCACAAGGAGGAGGUGCCUGGCCACCACACGCUUAAUCUGGCCUUUCGUCACGGGUACUCUGUUGACCAUAACGGAGUAUUCACACAAGAGCCAGUGCGCCAUCCAGAGCUGGUUCUAGAUGGACGGGUUCGACGAGUCAUCUGCUUCCGCCGCAACAAAUCCUUUGACCGCCGAGAAGACGGCAUCACCAUGACCCCAAGAGACCUCGACGCAAUGGACCUACACCCCGCCACCCUCCAAUACUCCCGCCGCGUCACAAACGAAUCCCGCUUCUGGUCCCUGGACCGCUCCAAGCUGAGCCUCAUCCUCUCCUUCUCCAAAAACCCCAGAACCCCCUACGACUUCAUGUCCCUAACCUACGACGUCCGCAACCGCUCCUCCUCCGUCCUCGUCCGCCAAUCCUACCACCCGCGCCAGCACUCCCUCGAGAACCUAGACGAAUACGACCAGCGCCUCGAGGCCUGCCGCGCCCACUGGGCCCACCCCUUCAUCACCCCCGUCGUCCUCCUCCAAGUCCAAUUCAUGCGUACCGAAGAGGCCGUCAUGGAGAACAUCAACCACGUGAAAUCCCUCGAGUGGCAAGUCAGCUCCAUCGCCGGCUUCGAAGCUUUCGAAAUGGAGCGCGAGAAGCGCUCCAAGCUCAUGCGUAGACUUACCUUCGCCUCGUCCACGGCCGCGGCCUCGCAUAAUGAAAAGACGCCGCAGAUUGCGGGGCCGAUGAGCAUGGCGAACCUGAUGAAGAGCGCGCACGACGUACUGAAAGAGUCUAUCAAGCUUCUCGACACCGUGCGGUGGAUGGAGAGGGUCGUGAAGCUUAUGCUGCAGGCCGGCGACGAGCUCGCGGAGCGCAUGUCGACGGGGGAACUCAAGAUCCGGCUGGACGAUUUCCACGUACGACAGACGGACGCCGAUCAGAGAGAUGAGCAGGACCAGCAGGUGCAGCCCGACGAGCCGCCUACGGGCCCGCCGUCGAGGUCGUCUGCGAGUACGAGGAGGAGGUCGUUGCCCAAGGCGCCGGAUCCGCUGGCUGAUCCGCUCGGGAACCAUUGGCAUGAGAUACGGCAGUAUCUUGAGGGUUUGCAGCGGAUGUGUAUGGGUCUCGAGACGGAUCGCCGCAUGUCCGAGGCCCGUUGCCGCGCCCAGAUCGAUAUUAUCUACAGUAAAAUGGCCCAAGAAGACAACGUCCUCAACGCCCGCAUGGCCGUCGCCUCCUCCCGCGACUCCUCCUCAAUGAAGGCCCUCGCCGUGAUAACAGCAGUCUUCCUCCCCGGCGAGUUCCUCGGCACCCUCUUCGGCAUGUCCAUGUUCGACUGGCAAGCUUCCGGCGAGGACGCAGACAGCAGCGACAACGGAGGCGGCACCUCCACGAACCCAAAGGACCCGAUCCCCGUGCUGAGCCACCUCUUCUGGGUCUACUGGGCCACCGUCAUCCCCCUGACGAUCGGUAUCCUCGUCGCCUGGCGCGCGUGGUGGGUGAACCAGGACCGGUAUUUCCGACGGCACCUGUCGAGGGAGUUGUCCGAGGAGCGGUACUGGACUGCUGAUGGGAAGCCGAGGGAUUUGGAGCAUUCUUUCUGGUGGGAUUUCUUUUACCUGUCUGUGAGGCGGGAUGAGCGGCCCGCUCCGUCGGCGAGCGAUUUGUAUGGGAGUAAUACGCUUGAGCUGUCGCCGAGCAUGUCGCAGGAUAAGGACGAUAUGAGGUCACCGCGUGGGGAUAUGACUGUGCGGAGAGGUCAGAUUUCAUUUUUGAGGUCGCAGAGUAUCCGGCAACGGAAUACUGUUGCCGUGUAGUGUGCGUGAUUUGAGUAUGGUAUACGCCUAGUUAUGAUCCUCGAUGAUGGGCGGCUUGUUUGCUUUUUGCAUAUCUACUUGGGCGGUUUUCUUGGUAAUUGAUAGUCGGAAGAGUGUAUAUAUGCGUCAUGGUAGGUGAUUUGGCUGGAGAUACGCUGGCCAAAGAAGGGAUAUAGAUGAAAUGAAUGCCCACGAUGCAUGACAACAAAGGAGUUGAUGAUGACAAUUCCAAUAUUUGGGUUGUCUGUCGGGCAUCCAGCGAGGCCGGGCAGCUAUUGCUCAAGGAACCUGUCACAAGUCUCAAUGUUCAUCCGCAAAAUAAGGCAAGAUGGUAGCUAGAUAGCUGAAUGGCAGCCUCAUAACAAGACGCCAAUCAGCCACGGUGGCCAUACGGGAACGAAAUACAGAG